AUGGACAGACACUGUGCAUUAGUAGGGGAGCGUGCUCCGGCAGACGAUGUUAUGAAUUCCGUGGUUCGCUUCUCGUUGCUGACUGGAAAGGUCCCACGUAUUGAAGGGACGCUUGGAUUCUUCGACUUCAAGGACGUUGAGAUUGUGGCGUAUGAUAUCGCGCACAGCGUCUCGUCUGAUGAUGAUCUUGUUUCGUAUCAACAUCAUAGCAGCAAUUCUCGCGUGCCCUUUGAUCGAUUCGGGAGACGUAUGAGUGAAGUGUACGGGAAGCACUUUGAAGAGGUUAGCCCUGGUGAGUGGCUACAGGCUUCUGCUGAAUGUGGCAUGCAGGAGUUAUUGGUCAUUCACCUGAGAGCCAAUAUGGAGAGUGCUGAUCCUCUGGUGUUCCCGUAUCUGGGCGUCUGA